UUGUUUUGCCUCUGCAUCCGAUUCCCGUCUGACCGAGUUCCAAAAUCCUAAGGAGGCUCGUCUCGGCUCAUGUGAGAAUUCGAUAUGGAACCUUUAAGGGCUAAUAGAGGAACUUGUACCCUAAUUCAGUAGAGCUGCGAUACUCAGUAGGAUUCGAAUACGAUCAGGCUGAUACCUCUAAGUGCUGAGUGCAGUGUCAUUCGGAAUGCGAGUAUGAUGAGUCUCGACCAAAAUCCGUGGAAUGACGGGAGAUAGACGAUUGUGAAAAACUACUCAUGGUGACUGCCACUCAAAAUGGAACUAGAUUUUAGAUGGGAGUUCGUUAUAGUUUUCGUGAUGUAUUUCUACGGUGUGAGCUCUCAGAGCCAGUGUCACCUGAACAUCAGCGCACCUUACGUCAGUCAUUCGCCUUUGGUACCGUGCGAAUUUCUGCCCAUGGAUUUUCUAGAGUGUUCAGACCCGAUCGAUCUUCGAGGUAAUGAUACUGCCAGAGAAGAGCUCAAAUACGGAUGUUCCCGGUGGGGAGGCAACCGGUACGAAGAGGUUCAAAUGUCCGCGGUAAACUGUACCGUUCUACCGAACAUCGAAUGUUACGGCAACCGAACUUUCCAAAAGGAGGGAUUCCCUUGCAUAAAGUACACCGGUCAUUAUUUCACAACAACGUUCUUGUACUCGCUCCUGCUGGGCUUCCUCGGCAUGGAUCGAUUCUGUCUGGGACACACAGGCACCGCGGUCGGGAAAUUGCUCACUGUGGGAGGCGUUGGGAUUUGGUGGGUCGUUGAUAUUAUUCUCCUGGCGACAGGUAAUCUCAUGCCCGAAGAUGGGAGCAACUGGAUGCCAUAUGUAUAGCAUUGAAGUGACCGGCUCCUCUCGAGACGCCGGAGAAGUGUGAAUAAUAGCUGUUCAAAUAAACUUAAACGAAG